AUGGCAUACAGCGGAACAGGCGUGGGCAACACGGGUACCGGCACAGGAUCCGGCAUCGCAGCGAACGUCAAGUCGCAUAUUCCAGGCACUGCUGAGCACAGUGCCACCCACCCCACCUCACACGCCCACACCGGUGGAGCUGGUGGCAUCGGCCAGCAGGUGAAGGAGCACAUCCCAGGCACCACUGAGAACAAGGUGGCGCACUCUGGCUACGCGACUGGCGGCCACCACACCGGCGCCGGGGCUGGCACUGGUGGUGGCAUUGGCGCGGCCAUCGGCGCUGCUGGCCACCACGGCCAUGGCACCCACACUGGCACUGGUGCUGCAGGAAUGACCAAGGGGUCCACCGUGGACACUGGUGCUGAGACUCUCGGAGACAAGGUCAAGAAGAUCAUCCCAGGCACAACCGAGAACAAGAUCCACAAGAGCAACAAGGCUGGCGCCGGCGGCGUUGGAGGAAAUGCUGCCUACUAG